CCUCACCUCUCGCCUUUUCGCCAUCCCCCUUCUGCCUGCGAGGGAAGAAGGCGAUGCUUUCGUUUUCCCAAGGCUGAACAAGUGGAUUCCCCUGGUCGCGCGUGAGAGGAGCUACUGACACCACAACUGCUAACAUGUCUGGUGCCUACGACGAGUCUGCCAGCCUGGAGGAGACCUCAGACAGUUUCUGGGAGGUUGGGAACUACAAGCGGUCGGUGAAGCGUAUCGACGACGGCCACAGGCUCUGCAACGACCUGAUGAACUGCAUCCAAGAGCGGGCCAAGCUGGAGAAAGCCUACGCCCAGCAGCUGACCGAGUGGUCCAAGAGAUGGAGACAGCUGGUCGACAAAGGUCCUCAGUACGGCACGGUGGAGCGCGCCUGGGUCUCGCUGAUGAACGAGGCGGAGAAGGUGAGCAACCUUCACCAGACGGUGAAGAACGGCCUGAUGGGCGAGGACUUUGAGAAGGUGAAGAACUGGCAGAAGGACUCCUACCACAAGCAGAUGAUGGGGGGCUUCAAGGAAACCAAAGAGGCGGAUGAGGGCUUCAAGAAGGCCCAGAAGCCUUGGGCCAAGAAGCUGAAGGAGCUGGAGGCUGCCAAGAAGUCGUACCACGUGGCCUGCAAAGAGGAGAGGCUGGCCUCCACCAGGGAGACCAACGGCAAGGCCGAUGGCUCCGUGAACGCCGACCAGCUGAAGAAACUUCAAGAGAAAGUGGACAAGUGCAAAGUGGAUUCACAGAAGGCCAAGGAAAAGUACGAGAAGGCUGUGGACGAGCUCAACAAGUGCACGCCUCCGUACAUGGAGAACAUGGAGCAGGUCUUUGACCAGUGUCAGCAGUUUGAGGAGAAGAGGCUGAGCUUCCUCAGGGAGGUGAUGCUGGACGUCAAACGCCACCUCAACCUCACAGAGAACCAAAGUUACGCGUCAGUGUACCGGGAACUGGAACACACCAUCACCUCAGCCAGCCCUCAGGAAGACCUGCAAUGGUUCAACAACAAUCACGGCCCAGGCAUGCACAUGAACUGGCCGCAGUUUGAGGAGUACAACCCGGACCUGGCCUACAGCAUCGUCAAGAAGGAAAAGUUCAAGAAAGGCAGUGAGGGCAUCAUGCUGACCAAUGUCACCACAGCCGUAGACCACGCUCAGGCUGCGGACCAGGGCAGCUUGAGCAGCUCCGAGAAGAACCAGGCCUACACGGCCUCCAACGAGUGGUCGGACGAGGACCAGACGGCACCCAACUCCGCCAGCGACACCAACGGAGGCGCCAACCCCUUCGAGGAAGAGACGGGCGGGGGGGUGAGGGUGCGGGCGCUCUACGACUACGAGGGCCAGGAGCAGGACGAGCUCAGCUUCAGUGCGGGCGACGAGCUGACGAAGCUGGAGGACGAGGACGAGCAGGGCUGGUGCAAAGGUCGCCUAGACAACGGCCAGCUGGGUCUUUACCCGGCCAAUUACGUGGAGCCCGUCUAGCGGUCCUCCCCACUCCAGACCGGACUGAACCCUGAACGCACGUUGACUUGCUGGCCGUCCGCCCCACGGAGCGACGCAUCAUGUGACUCCUGAUUCUGCAUUCCUACGUCAAACGCUCUUCAAGGUCAAAGGAGCUCCUCUGUAUAUAUAUUUUUUUUACCACCUGGAUGCUGUACGUGUUUACACCUCAUGGAACUAUUGACUCUUUAGUUCCAGCAGGUAUUCAAGACCGGGUAUUCAAGACCAGGUAGGCUACAUGGUGUUAGCAUAGCAUCACAACUGCAAACAGAACCCAUGGACACACACAAAAAAAUGUCAUUUUUACAUUUGCCAUGUACUGAAUACAUAAAAACCUGUCAAGAACUGUGGUUCGCACACUUUUUACACCAAGUAGCACCUUGCAUGUACCACCUUUUUAUCAAAAUUUAGAUGUGCUAGUUUUAGGUUAACAAUCGGAUUGAAUAUGUCAAUCAAUGAGUAUUUAACCCUCUUUAGGCUCUAAAAACAUUUUGGAUUCUUUUUUUUUUUUUUUUACUUUUUUGGCCUAAACUUCUCAAUAAAUUUCAAUACUAAAUAGGGUUGUUCUCAUACCAAUAUUUUAGUACCGGUACCGGUACCAAAAUGUAUUUCGAUACUUUUCCAAAUAAGGGGGACCACAACAAAUGUCAUUAUUGACUUUAUUUCAACAAAAAAAUCUUAGGGUAAAUUAAAAAUAUGGUUAUUAUUGUAAUUUAGUCCUUAAAUAAAAUAGUGAACAUACUAGACAACUUGUAUUUUAGUAGUAAGUAAACAAACAAAGACUCCUAAUUAGUCUGCUGACGUAUGCAGUAACAUAUUGUGUCAUUUAUCAACAAUUUAAUAAACAAAUUAAUUUAAUUUAAUUAAAUUAAUAAUAAAUUAAAUUAAUUAAAUAAAUAAAUUGAAUAAACAAACAAAGACUCCUAAUUAGUCUGCUGACGCAUGCAGUAACAUAUUGUGUCAUUUAUCAACAAUUUAAUAAACAAAUUAAUUAAAUUAAAUUAACAAUAAUUUAAAUAAUAAUAAAUUAAAUAUAUUAAAUAAAUAAAUAAAAAUUAAUAAACAAACAAAGACUCCUAAUUAGUCAGCUGAUGUAUGCAGUAACAUAUUGUGUCAUUUAUCAACAAUUUAAUAAACAAAUUAAUUAAAUUAAAUUAAAUUAAUAAUAAAUUAAAUAAUAAUUAAUUUAAUUAAUAAACAAUUU